CUUUAGUCGGGAGCGAGUAAGAAGAGCUGGGAGAAAGCGGGCGGGAUGGAGCGCCGGUGACUGCCGCCUCUCUUUGAUUCUCCGCAUCGUCCCGGCUUUGCCUACCGGCCGCUUGCUACUCCUGCGGCCAUGGAGACCGUGCAGUUGCGCCACCCGCGCCGGCAGCUAAGAAAAUUAGAUGAAGAUAGUUUGACAAAACAGCCUGAAGAAGUGUUUGAUGUGUUGGAAAAACUUGGAGAAGGAUCCUAUGGCAGCGUAUUCAAAGCUAUCCAUAAAGAAACCGGCCAAGUUGUUGCAAUUAAGCAAGUUCCUGUUGAAUCUGAUUUGCAGGAGAUUAUUAAGGAGAUAUCAAUAAUGCAACAAUGUGAUAGUCCUCAUGUAGUCAAAUAUUAUGGCAGCUAUUUUAAGAACACGGACCUCUGGAUAGUAAUGGAAUAUUGCGGUGCCGGAUCUGUGUCUGAUAUAAUUCGACUACGAAAUAAAACGUUGAUGGAAGAUGAAAUUUCUACAAUAAUACAAUCAACACUGAAAGGAUUGGAAUACCUACAUUUCAUGAGGAAAAUACACCGUGACAUCAAAGCUGGCAACAUAUUACUUAAUACAGAAGGACAUGCUAAACUUGCAGAUUUUGGGGUAGCCGGCCAGCUUACUGAUACUAUGGCAAAAAGAAAUACUGUGAUAGGAACUCCAUUCUGGAUGGCACCUGAAGUGAUCCAAGAAAUUGGAUACAAUUGUCUGGCAGACAUCUGGUCUCUGGGUAUCACUGCCAUUGAAAUGGCUGAAGGAAAACCUCCAUAUGCUGAUAUUCAUCCAAUGAGGGCAAUUUUCAUGAUUCCAACAAAUCCACCACCAACAUUUCGAAAGCCAGAACUAUGGUCAGACGAAUUUACAGAUUUUGUAAAACAGUGUCUUGUGAAGUGUCCAGAACAAAGAGCCACUGCUACGCAAUUGCUUCAGCACCCAUUUGUAAAAAAUGCCAAAGGAGUUUUCAUCUUGCGAGAUAUGAUUAAUGAGGCAAUGGAUAUUAAACUAAAAAUUCAGCAAGCUCAACAGCGUGACAUGUUUCAUGAUGAUGAAGAAAAUUCAGAAGAAGAUGAAAUUGAUUCUAGGACCAUGGUUCGAGCAAGGGGACAAGAGAUGGGGACAAUUAGAGCUGCUUGUGGAAUGAGUGAAGGUGGCAAUACCAUGAUAGAAUACAAUGACACUCUAGCAACACAAUUAGGAACAAUGGUCAUAAAUGCAGAAGAUGAGGAAGAUGAGGGGACCAUGAAAAGGAGAGAUGAAACCAUGCAGGCUGUCAGACCAUCUUUCCUUGACUAUUUUGAGCAAAAGGAGAAAGAGAAUUGGCAAAACAACUAUGGAAGGCAGGUAUCUGAAAGAUGUUCCUCAGAUUGGAGAGUUCCUCUGGAUGGUGAUUAUGAAUUCUUGAGGAACUGGACAGUUGAAGAACUUCAAAGACGACUUGGGACACUUGAUCCCAUGAUGGAGCAGGAGAUAGAAGAGGUUCGCCAAAGGUAUCAAUCAAAACGGCAACCAAUUCUAGAUGCCAUUGAAGCAAAGAAAAGACGCCAGCAGAACUUCUGAGGAAAACCUGGCAGUAGAAUAGAUGUCCAUCAUUCCUUACAAUAAACUGUUCUACAAUAAACUGUUCUAUGACUACUGUGUAGGUGGAUUUCUAUUUCUAUUUGCUAUAGCACCUUUUCUAACUCAGGUAUGCCAUUGAAUGGAGUCCUCAUGAAGAGAUCAUGCUUUGUAUGAAUGGUAGAUUUUAGAUACAUUGCAUGUUGCUUUUGAGAAAUCCUGACUUAGCUGGGAGCUAAACUUUGUAUUACAGAUUAAUACAAGAAUAGGAAAUAGAUUUGAAUAAGAUUGGUACUUAGAUUUUACAGUUUUUGCAGUUCAGUUCCAAACAAUAUAUAUCAGAAUGUAUAAUACACUUUUUUAUGAAAAACCCAAGUAACCAGAACAAUAAUUCUGAUGUGAUGUUCUUGGAUGAAGUAUAUAGGAAUUAAUUUUUUUUUGCUUUUUCAUUGAACUGUUAAAAAUGUUGUGAAAUCAGAGUCCUUACACACUAAUCUGUUAUCUAAAUUGAUUCAAAAAAUAUUCAUCAUCUUCGAUAUGUAGCAACCACUUGAGGGUAAACAAUCCUUACUUUCGUCUUGCUGCAUUGGUAUAAUGAACUUUGGAAAUGAGUUAAAAAAGAGAAGUGAUUCAUUAGCAAGUUUACCUAUCCUGCUCCAGCAUUUGAAAAGGAAUAUGAACUUUAUCUAGUCUAGAAACUUCUAAAAGCUCCAUGCUUUUUUAUUUCUUUUUUUAAAGUAUUACUCUUCAGUGUUAUAUUUUUUCUUUGUUUUUUAUUUUUACUAGAAUUAUAACUGAAUGAAUGCUAAUAUAUUUUCAGUGAUGUCUAUCAGAUAAAAAAACAUAACAAAUCUUUUAUUUUCAGUAUUUUUUUUCAGAUUUUGUGGUAGCAGAGGAAUGUCAGUCCCUCUAGUUCCGAAAAAAUGAGUAUUUCUUUUGAUAAUAAUGUUAUUUAAAAUAGUUAAGGAAUUGUGGACUUUUUUAUUCUUUGCUACUUCAAGUUGAAUUUGUGUAAGGUUUGUGGUACUAGUUUUGAAUUUGAAGUGGCAUGUUUCCUUUUAUUUGGAAAAAUAUAUCUAUCAGUUAGGUCUAAGUAAAGAUCUUAAGACCCAAAUUAAUUUCAAAAUACCAUUUUGUUAAAAAACAACAACAACCUAUCUGUGAUAAAACAAUUGCCUUCAUGAAUAGAUACUGUGUUUCCCUGAAAAUAAGACCCGGUCUUAUUUUUUAUUUAUUUAUUUUUUGCCACCAAAAAAGGCACCAAGUCUUAUUUUCAGGGGUGUCUUCCUGACUCACCUCAGAGGCACCGACAGCCCUGCCCAGCAGGAGCUUGCUGCCAACCCUCUACUUCUGUGGCCACUUGACUGCUUGCCAGGGGCGACGCACGUAAGCAGCGGCAAGCAGCCGCAAAAGUAAGGCAGGUGUUAGGGUAUGUGAGGCCUGGUAAGUAUGGCAGCUCCCUCCCCCCCCAUUUCCCCACCCUAGCUUAAUUUUUACUCAUGCGCCUCGCCCUACCCCGUGCACCCUGGAGUGGGCAGGGCCUUAACUGGGGCUUAUUUUGGGGGGUGGGGCUUAUAUUGUAUGCACGUGUAAAAAUCAAGCUAGGGUUUACUUUUGGUGUAGGUUGUAUUUUCGGGGAAACACGUUACUUUGUGAAAAUCUCAAGGUUGGAUUUGUACUAAGGGAAACUUAUAAUGGAAUGUGUCUGUGACAGCUUCAGUUUCAGAAGUGUCCACAGAAAUCUUCCUUCUUUUCACCUACAACAUAUAUGAAACUACCCUGUUUCCCCAAAAAUAAGCCCUCCCCAAAAAUAUUUAAACAUAUGCGCAGCCGGUCCUUGCCAUUUCCUCUGGUUAGGGUUAGGGAGUAAGAGCUGGAAAUCGGGUAAGACAGCAAGAGGAUCCCUGUCUUGCUCCACGCCCCCCAAAAUAAUAAGGCCAACCGCUUAUUUCGGGUUAAAAAAUACAUAAGACAGGGUCUUAUUUUGGGGGAAACACGGUAUUGGAAUGUAAUAACCAAACUACAAAGAGAGUUCUAUAUAAUUAAGUGGGUUUCAGAAUGUGAAAAAGGACUUGAAAUUCUUCAAUUCUUGCAACAGCCUCAUGUGCCUAGUAUAUUUAUCCUCGGGGGUUCUUUUGACCUGUAGAGGAUACAUAGAGAAUGGUUGAAAUAUCAUACUUGUAUAUGGAAGAUUUACAGCUAACAGUUCUGAUGAAUGUCUGUAAUUUAUGACACUGCAGUUUGAUAACUUCCCACAAGAACAAAAUGGAAAUAUAUGACUAUGUCCUUGCUGCUCAAGAUCUGGAAACAUUUGUUUGAUACUUAACACACCAAAUUACAGAUUGCAUAUAUGUACUGCGUUUUGUGUCCCCACAGAUCAGGGAAAAAGAACCCUCUUUGGUACACAAUUCAGGAGAUGUUUUAAAUUUACAUUUCUAUAACUUUGUCUAUCUCUGUCAGGUGGGAAGUUGUUGAGUUGGGCCAUGCCCUUCUUAUUUCAGAGAAGAAUGAUAAUUCUAAGUAAGCCAUGUUCUUUUCAGUAUUGAUAUUAAGGAAAUACUGCUAUUGGCUCAGUCAAAAACAGUUUGAUUGAGUUCUCUUCCUAAAAAUUUACUCCCAUUACUACCAUUGAGUCAUCCUGGAACAGGAAAAGCCAAGAUAAUUGAUCUAUUUCCAUUAGCAAACCUUUGGUAUAAAUUCAGGGCUGAAAAAGGAAGUGUUAAAUAAUAAACCAAAGUAUUUAUGUUCUAUAUAAAGCAAUGUUGAAAAGGUACCACAUAACUUGUCAGUUUCUCUUAAUGAAACAAUCUGGCUUACAGAAAUUUGCUAUGAAGACUAGAAAAUAGCAAGUUGCUAUUCAAAUUAAUAAAACUGGAUGCUCUCUGUGUCACUGAAUUCUGUACCAUGUUUCCUGAUUAAAUUCUCUUUGCAACUAUCCCUUUAACCUCUAUUCUCACAAUUCCCCCAAAGAGUUCUCAUUCCUGUAUAAUUCCACUACCCAAAUAAAAUGGGAAGAUUUUUUUAAGUGAACUAUUAAAAUAAAUAGCUUUUGAAUUGAAGACAUUUUGUUUUUAAUAAUGAUGUUUCUGCAGAAUGUGACUCAUGUAUUUAAAAUCCUAUGUAAAAUCCUUUGGUUGGACAUAUUUCCCUUUACACUAAUCAGUGAAUAUUCUUCACUUCAAGCAAUGGUAAGAAAAGAUCUGUGCAUGACAGAACUUCAUUCUAGUCUGUUUUGUGGGUAAAAUGUUGAAAAAAGCAAGGGAAUGAAAGAAUAUAGCAAUUAUAGCAGUUGAGUUCCUUCUUCAACUUUGAAAACUACAAGAAUUGAGGAUUAUGUUCAGAAUGCCUACUCUCUGCAGUAACUUCAGCUGAAACAGGAGAUUCUGAUUCCUAUUUUGGGGUCUUUUACAAGAAUAUAUCACUUCAUUUGUCAUCCAGGCUGUAUUUUCAAAGUAUAUAUACAUUCCAUUCUCAUGGAUCAUAUGUACCAACGGAAGUAUUUUGAGUCAACUGUCACCUUUUUCUUUUUUCAGUCUUAAAUCCACUGUCUAGUUUUAGUUCUGUGAGAAAUUAAAUGUGAAGCCAGUAGCUUUAAUGUUUUGUAAUAAAAGUUACACGGAUGUAAUUUGAACUUCUCUUUUUUUAGAGAUCUGGCUGUUUUGUAUAUAAUUGUUUAAAUCCUUAGUUUAUAUAUGAAUGAAGAUGACUUUUUUAUCUUAUUUAGCUAAAUACAGGAAAGUUGUUUUGGAUUUAAAUAUUUGUUUUAUAGGACAAAAUAAAC